UUGAGUCAAGAUGAUUAAAACUAAUAAAAAAGUAAUCGCAUUUAAUAUACUGCUCUUUUACGUUCUGCCGAUUACUUGUUUACCACAAGAUGGCAGUGAUACGGACAAUGCGACUAAUUUUACUCUUCUAUCCAUGAACUCAACUGUAAAUCUUAAUUCCAUGGAUGAUGGUAAAAUUGAAGAAGAAGAUUUUCAAACUAUAAAAUUUGGAAAAAAUGUUGUUAAGGUAUACGAUACUAAUGAAAUUAAAAAUGAUGAUGGAUCAGUGGAAACAAGGUUAUCAUUAAAUAAUGGAAUUUUCUUUAAUUUAAACGCAAUACCUAAAAAAGAAAAUGACUUGGAUUAUUUUAUUGUUAUUGGAACGUUUGAAUUUAGGACACCAGAUGAGUUUUCAUAUGCCAUCCAAUUUCAAGUUGAUCCGAAAAAUUUUACGCUAUUAAAUUUUGAAAGAAAGGAAACUGUUCCAAUAUUAGAAGCUAAUCCAAAAAUUCUUGCAGCAUUAGCGGGGCGUUAAAAUUUUAUUGUUACACGUUGAAAUUUUAAAAUAUUUUAUUUUAUUAAAAAUUAUUUGAUUUCAAUUUUUAA